AUGGGAUUUUGCGAAAUAUUAGGGAAGGAGAUUAAGGCAGAAAAAAUAUUAAAUGGACACAGAGAUGCUGUGAUUGAGGCAUAUGCCGAUGCUGGCACUGUGAAUCAAAAUUAUGCAAGUAUUCUAUUGAUGCUUUUGCGCCUUCGGCAGGCUUGUGACCACCCACUUCUUGUAAAGGGAUUCAAUUCUGAAUCUGUUGGAAAAAUUUCCUUAGAUAUGGUGAAGAAACUUCCGAGGGAUAUUGCGAUCGAUCUAUUGAAUUUCUUGGAACCUUCCUUGGUUAUCUGUCUUGUGUGCAGUGAUCCACCUGAAGAUGAAGUUGUUACUUCGUGUGGCCAUGUUUUCUGCUAUCAGUGCGUGUCAGAUUAUUUGACGGGAGAUGACAAUAUGUGUCCUGCACCUGAAUGCAAAGCACAGCUUGGUCCUGAUUCUGUAUUUUCCAAGGCUAUCUUACGGAGUUGUAUUUUUGAUGAGCCAGAUAAAAGUCCCCGGAGCCCAUCUGGAUUUGCUGAGAAGUCUAUUGUUCUUCAGGAUGAGUAUAGUUCUUCUAAAAUCAAAGCUGCUCUUCAAAUUCUCGAGUCACAUUGUAGAUCAAAGGAUCCUAGUCCAGAGCCAUUUAACUUGGUUCGAUGUAAUGGAAACUCUACAUCUUUAGCAAAGGAAUGCUCAGAAUCACAAACUAACGGACCUAUAAAAGCUAUUGUUUUCUCUCAGUGGACUAGCAUGUUGGACCUGCUGGAAAUUUCUUUGAACCAGUCUUGUAAGCAAUUCAGGAGGCUUGAUGGAACAAUGAGUCUGGCUUCUAGGGAUAAGGCUGUCAAAGAAUUCAACUCUGAUCCUGAGCUUGAGGCUAGUUCAGGCGCAAGGGGUACAUCUGGAGUUGCCUUGAACCGAGGCGCAGGUCUAGGGGAAACUUUUACAACACUGCCAAUCACUCACAGCACACCCCAUCCCACCAGCUAA